AUGGCUCUCACACCCACAAAUCUAAGUAAUGAGAUGUCUCUGUAGAUGACGAUGGACUGCCAGGAACAACAGUUGACUGAGAAAAACAAUGGCUUUUUCCAAAAGUUCAAUGUGACUAAAGGUGCAAUGCAGGAUUUGCUAAAGGAAAUUAUCAAAGUGGACCACAUCUUAGACAGAUCAGAUGAUGAGGAUGACAUUUCCUCCGAAAACCCUCAAACUGACUUCCUUCACAAGGAUAUGUUGGAGCUAGAGGCUGAGCAUGACCAGGACCUGAGUAAACAGGAUAAGCAAGAAACAGAUGUUGAUGAGGACCCUCAAGCAUCUACAUCUCUGCAGUUUGCAAAGAAGAACCUCCUUGAAUUGUGUCUGAAGGGCAUGUUCCUCAAGCUAAACUACUGGAACACAAAGAUAGGUCUCCAGGUGAAAGAACUUGGAGCUGAUUACAUAGACAGAACAGAGAAAAUUGACAAUAUUAUUUAAAAAAUAAAUGUAACAGAAAACACAGUGAAGAGCUUAUUAAAAGACAUGCUGACCCUGAAGGAUCAAAUUGAAAAGCUGGAGGACCGGGGCCCUGACCUUGAUCAAGGGACGCUGAGUUAAGUGAAUGCUUGCAAUGAAGUUUAUGAAUUAAAGAAGAAAGUCAUGGAAAGGCUGGAGGACCUUUGCAAGAAUGUGGAACUGCUGAGUGCAAAGCUAAGGAUGUAUCAAAUGGAGGCAGAGGACACCGACUCUCACAGUUCUGAGGAAAUAGAUACGGAAGAGAUGGAGGCCCUGCUUCCUCAGGCCCCAGCAUCCUUUUUAGCACAGAAGUCUCCUCCCCGCAAUACAGCAUGGAAACGUGCACUGAGGAUUUUCAUCAUGUUUUAUGUCCUCACCAUCACUGGACUUUUAUGUUACAUACUAUUUUUUGGUGCUACAUUUCUCUUUGAAAGGGUGCUUCUGAGAAUGCUUGGGUACCGCACCACAUGGGACCUACGGGAGAUGAGAGAGCCUUUCUUGAAUUUGGAAGUGGAAGCCUUGUUACCCUCCUAAAGAUACAGAAGUUACUGUCACCCUACUGACUUUCUCACCAGUAAACAUUGUGGCUGUUCUUGUA